AUGGCCGCUCAGUCUGAUGGAGGGGGAUGGGGAGGAACGGGGGAGGGUGUGGGGGAGGGGGUGUUUGAUGGAGACACAGAGGGAGACUGUCAGCCUCUGGAAUCUGCAGCCAUUCACAUCUGUCUCUGUUGCCACUCUGCUGUCUGCUAUUGGGGCUGUCGCUCCAACUGCCUGGGAAACCUGCUGGGGGAGGACACUACUGGAGGGAUUGGAGGGACCGGAGUUGGCAGGGGUAGCGGUUUAAGGGAGACUCGCUGCCCGCCAGAGGAGGGCCUGUGGCUGGACUGUCUCUGGCUGAUCCUGGCUCUCCUCGUCUUCUUUUGGGACGUGGGAACAGACCUACUUCUCGCUGCGGACUACUACACCAGACAGGACUAUCUGUGGUUUGGUCUGACGCUUUUUCUUGUGCUGGUGCCGUCGAUUGUAGUUCAGAUCCUGAGCUUCCGCUGGUUCACCCAGGACUACAGCGGAGAGUGUCUGACAACCUGGCUGGGGACAGUGGACUGCAGCAAGGGAGGAGAGAGAGAAAAGCUGACCAGGCGAGAGCCAGCCGACCAAAGAUGGAUUUAUCCCGGGACAGACCGGGUAAGAGUGGCCUCAGUGUGGCUGUGGCAGAUCACCAUACACAUUCUACAGCUGGGACAGGUCUGGAGGUAUAUCCGUACGUUGUACCUGGGUAUCCAGUCCCACCGUAUGAAGGAGCUUAAGGAGGCCCAGAGGAGGUUCUACUGGGCCAUGAUGUUUGAGUAUGCAGACGUCAACAUGCUGCGGCUACUGGAGACCUUCCUGGAGUCAGCUCCUCAACUAGUACUACAGCUCUGUAUUAUGAUACAGCAGAACCGUGCUGAAACUCUACAGUGUAUAUCUAGUCUAGGCUCUCUUCUGUCUCUAUCCUGGGUGUUGGCUUCGUACCACAAGCUCCUGCGUGACUCCAGGGACGACCAGCGCAGUCUGAGUUACCGCGGUGCCCUUCUCCACCUUCUCUGGCGCCUCUUCACCAUCUCCUCCCGCGUUCUCUCUCUCGCCCUCUUCGCCUCCCUCUUCCACCUGUACUUUGGCAUCUUUGUGGUGCUCCACUGGUGUGGCAUGGCACUGUGGGUGGUGCAUGGAGGAACAGACUUCUGUAUGUCUCGCUGGGAGGAGGUGCUGUUUAACAUGGUGGUGGGCAUCGUCUACAUCUUCUGUUGGUUCAACGUCAAGGAGGGACACACCAGGGGACGCAUGGUUGCUUACUACUCUGUGGUACUGGCUGAGAAUACACUUCUCACCGGACUGUGGUAUGUGUAUCGUGACCAUGCAGAAACAGACAUCUACGCGGUGCCAGCAUUGUGUGGUGUCUACCUGUCCUUUGCGGGUGGAGUACUGGUGAUGCUUCUAUACUACGGCCUUCUCCACCCCUCACACACACACCCCACCCCGGCCUCAACCUGCUGUGACGAGCUGCUGUGGGGUAACCCCUUGCCCCCCUCAGCUCCACCCACCCCAGCCCACCUGGCUGCCCCGUUUCACAGUGAUGACAUCAUCGCAGAAGGCUGUCUGCCGGUGUUCCAGGUGCGUUCAGAGCCCCCCACCUCACGCCAUUUCGAGGGUCCUCUGAUAAAGAUUGACAUGCCCAGGAAACGUUACCCGGCCUGGGACGCUCACUACGUGGACAGACGGCUGCGAAGAACCAUCAACCUACUGCAGUACCUGACACCUGCAGCCGCAGGCAUUCGAUACAGGGACAGAUCUCUGCUCUAUGAACUACUGCAGUACGAGUCUUCUCUCUGACACAAAUAUACAUACACAUACAGUUGAAGUCGGAAGUUUACAUACACUUAUUUUAGAGUCAUUAAAACUCGU